AUGAGCUCAUUGUUUACAGUUCGACCUGGCUCUAAAAGCGGCCCCCAUCCUCCCCCAUCCUCUCCCCUCCCUCACCCUCUCCCCCCUGGCCUGAGGCAUCUGCGCAAUGCGUGCCUCCCAUGGUGUGCCAUCUACCCCACCAUCUACCACACCAUCAUCAACCACACCAUCAACUACACCAUCAACUACACCAUCAACCACACCAUCAACCACACCAUCAACCACACCAUCAACCACACCAUCAACCACACCAUCAACCACACCAUCUACCACACCAUCAACCACACCAUCAACCACACCAUGAACCACACCAUGAACCACACCAUCAACCACACCAUGAACCACACCAUGAACCACACCAUCAACCACACCAUCAACCACACCAUCAACCACACCAUCAACCACACCAUCAACCACACCAUCAACCACACCAUCAACCACACCAUCAACCACACCAUCAACCACACCAUGAACCACACCAUCAACCACACCAUCACACCACAACCACCGUGA